UCGCAGGCCUGCUGUGCGUGACGUGCACGGACAUGGCGGUGCUGGCCGGCAACAGCGCCGAGACGUGCUACAGCAAAUACGGCGCCGUGUCGCUCAAGGGCAACUUCUGCCACGAGAUGGCGCUGAGGAUCGUGCUGCACAGCCUGGACCUGCGCGCCAACUGCUACCAGCGCUUCGUGGUGCCGCUGCUGUCGGUCAGCGCCGACUUCUACGUGCGCGUCUUCGUCAGGGUCUUCACGGGCCAGGCCAAGGUCAAGGCGUCUUCCAGCAAGCAGGCGCUGGUGUUCCACUGCGUGGGCUGCGGCUCGCACCACCUGCAGCGCCUGGGCAGGGCCGCCGGCCACGGCAGCAGCUUCAAGUACAGCCCAGCCACGGGGCCGCCCGUGGGUCCCACCUGCGAGUUCUGCCAGCAGCGCCACCAGGUGGGGGGCCCGGUGUGGGCUGAGCCCCUGCACGACCCCAGCUUUGUGGAGGGGGUACUGGCGGCGCUGGAGAGGAGCCCCGGGCGCUUCGCGACGGAGCCGCGCAUGCGGGGGAUGCUGAGCGUCAUCGCCGAGGAGCUGAGCGAUGUCCCCCUGUACUACACGCUGGACGGGCUGAGCAGCACCAUCCGCAGCAACACGCCGGCGCUGCUGCAGCUCAGGUCGGCCCUGCUGCACGCGGGGUUCCGCGUCUCGCUGUCGCACGCCUGCCGCAACGCCGUCAAGACGGACGCGCCGCCGGCCGUGCUCUGGGACAUCAUGCGCUGCUGGGCCAAGCUGCACCCGGUGAAGCUGGAGCGGCUCCCGGAGUCCAGCCCGGCCGCCCGGAUCCUCUCGGUGGAGCCCACGCUCCAGGCUUCCUUCGCCCUCCACGAGGACGCCAACCCCAGCUCGCGCAGGCGCGGCCUCAAGCGAUUCCCCGAGAACCCCGAAGCUUUUUGGGGUCCCAAGGCCAGGGCCAAGCCCGGGGGGGGCAUCGCCCCCUCCCUGCAGGAGAAGAGGGAGAGGCUGCAGAACAAGAGGAGGCAGCGCCCGGACGGGGCCGCGCUGAAACGAUUCCCCUGCAAACGCUUCAAGGAGGGCGCCUGUCCCCACGGCGAGCAGUGCUGCUACUCCCACGAGCCCCCUCCCCAUUAAAACAAAUUUUACCCAAA